CGCGCAUGUCCUUUACUAAUAUCAGCGAUUGUAUUUAUGGAGAGCCAUUAACACCUAAUAAACUAUCAUUGCAAAAACAAUCGUAGGCUACUUGUACGGGUUGCUUGUUGACAAUACCAGUAAAACGAAUGGUUUAGUUGUUUCGUUUAACUUUAAUAGAUACAUUUCUUAAAGUCAGCAAAUUUCUUGUUGCCAAAAUGUCGGGAUAAGACAUGAGGGAAUCAUGUGCGCCGUUUUGCAAAUUUCCUUCGGUGGUUUCUAGCGCGGAGGGAGUACGCUACUUGGGCAAAUACCUGCAUUCACCAAGGGCAGUUCAUCGUAAUGCUCUCUAAAUACGAAAAAGAGCUUCUUGUUACCAUUUGGGAAAAAAUGUCCCUUAAGGCUGAAGACAUAGGUUCUGAUGCGCUUUUCAGGAUGUUUACAGUAUUUCCUAAAACCAAGACCUACUUUGCCCACAUAGACAUCAGUCCACGAUCCCCCCAUCUUCUUUCCCAUGGUAAAAAGAUUAUUCUGGCGAUAGCACGAGGGGCGAGGAACAUCGAUUCGCUGACCACCACAUUGGCGCCUCUCAGUGCGUUGCAUGCCUACCAUCUGAGGAUACAUCCUACUAAUUUCAAGCUCCUGUCUCACUGUCUCCUGGUGACAUUGGCAACCGAGAUGUCUGAUGAGUUCACACCAGCUGCACAUGCUGCCACGGAUAAGUUCCUCUCAGCAUUCUCAGCUGUGCUUGCUGAGAAAUACAGAUAGGAUGCUUUGUCAAGACAAACAUGCUAAAUUGUGUGUUAGGCUCUGAAAAUAGCCCAAAACAGUGGUUCCCAAACUCCUGUGCAAGCUGGUUUUCAUUCUAACCAAAAUUGCAAUUCCAUAAUUUUAACAAGCUAUUUAUUUUUCAUGAAUACCCUUUUCAUCUUUUGAUGGAUUGCUUACCCUCUUAAGACACAUUAUGUCAGAAAUACACUGCCUGGCCAAAAAGAAAAGUCGCCAUUUUUUGGACAGUGCCCACUGUACAAGUCUCCGGAGGCAGUGCUAUGAUCUAGGGUUGCUUCAAUUGGUCAGGUCUAGGCUCAGCAACAUUAUGCGGCAAUAAAAUGAAGUCAGCUGAGUACCUGAAUGUACUGAAUGGCCAGGUUAUCCCAUCAAUGGAUUUUUUCUUCCCUGAUGGCACGGGCAUAUUCCGGGACAACGAUGCCAAGAUUCAUCGGGCUCAAAUUGUGAAAGAGUGGUUCUCGGAGCAUGAGGAAUCAUUUUCACACAUGAAUUGGCCACCACAGAGUCCUGACCUUAACCCCAUUGAAAGUCUUUGGGAUGUGCUGGAGAAGACUUUAAGGAGUGGUUCGACUCUCCCGUCGUCAAUACAAGAUAAUGCAAUUCUGGAUGGAAAUAAGUGUUGUGACGUUGCAUAAGGUUGUCGAAACACGCCACGGCGAAUGCGCGCCGUAAUCAAAGCUAAAGGUGGUCUGACGAAAUAGUGCGUGACUUUUUUUUUGGCCAGGCAGUGUAGUUAAGCAUGCCAUGAAGAGUACAAGUCCCACGUUCACAUUGUGCUUACCUGUACUGUAUAGCGAACAAUUACAUGAAAUGAGUAUGAAAAAAACUUCAUAGAUCAAAUUAGACUUGCGUGUGUCAACAGGCUUCUAAUUAGUGAACGUGUGGACACAUGGCCACUAAAACUAAUUAUUGGUAGAUAAUGAGGAAUUCAAAGACAAUGCAAAGAUAACAAAACCAAACUUGCAUUGUGUUAAUACAAUUAAGGAAAAGAUAUAAAAGAAUUAGACACGUGUUGAACUAUUUUAACUGAGCAAGAUACUGGGUGCAACAAAAAGCAACAUAUUGUACACAGGAGUCCCCAGGACAGAAUUUCAGAAUCACUAGCCUAAAGAAUGCUUUAUAUGUUAUAUUUUUGUAAUGAAACUUAAAAUAAAACUAAAUUAUACUGCUGCUGUUUCUCUUUAAAUAUCUUUCAAUGUAUAAAUGUAGGAAAUGUCUUUAUUUUUGGCUCUGUAUUUUUAAAUUAAAACCACUGAAACAAUAAAAAUACUUGAUUUUCUUUUGCCACUUGA